GGGAAAGAGCCGCUAUCGCCUCCCGGGGGCUCGGCCGACUCCUCCGGGCCCUCACGCUUCCUCUUCGCGCCGGUGGCCUCCGCCAUCACUGUGACUGCUGGGGGUGUGCGCAUGCGCCGCGACCAGAGCGGGCACAGCAGCCACUUCAGCCUGCCCCCGGCGCCAGCGCCGCUCCCUUGUAGCCGGCAGGGGCCAGCGAGGGAGCGCAGCACAGAGAACUGCGGCCAAUGGGAGCUGCAGGGGCGAUGCCUGCAGGCAGGGGCAGUGCGCACAGCGCCUGGCCGCCCCGAGCCUAGGAGCUGCUGCUGGACAUGCUGGCCGCUUCCGAGAGCCGCCCGAGGAGACCCGACACUGAGACAAAGGAGAAGAAAGGCACAGACCGGGGAGCCGAACCCUCAGGAUGAAGCACAUAUCGAUCCACUGGUUCCGUAAGGGUCUUCGCCUUCACGAUAACCCUGCCCUGCUGGCAGCGAUGACAGACUGCCACACGCUCUAUCCCAUCUUCAUCCUCGACCCCUGGUUCCCAAAGAACAUGCGGGUCAGCGUCAACCGCUGGAGGUUUCUGGUCGAGUCGCUGAGAGAUCUGGACGAGAGCCUUCAGAAACUGAACUCGAGGCUGUUUGUGGUACGUGGCUGCCCCACGGAGGUAUUCCCGGUCCUCUUUAAAGAGUGGAAGGUGACGCGGCUGACGUUCGAGAUAGACACGGAGCCCUACUCCAGGCAGCGUGAUUGCGAGGUGGUGAGGCUGGCAGCUGAACAUGGCAUUCAGGUUAUUCAGAAAGUGUCCAACACCUUGUAUGAUACUGACAGAGUAAUUGCUGAAAACAAUGGCAAGGUGCCUCUGACCUAUGUGCGCCUGCAGACGCUCCUGGCGGCGCUGGGACCACCGAAGCGGCCCGUGCCAGCUCCCACUCUGGAAAACCUGAAGGAUUGCUGUACCCCCUGCAAAGACAACCACGAUGCAGAGUAUGGGAUCCCUACGCUGGAGGAGCUGGGUCAGGACCCGGAGCAAGCAGGUCCUCGCCUCUACCCAGGAGGAGAGUCUGAGGCGCUUUGCAGGCUUGACUUGCAUAUGAACAGAACGGCCUGGGUGUGUAAUUUCCAGAAGCCCCAGACUGAGCCCAACUCCCUGAACCCUAGCACCACCGUGCUGAGCCCUUACAUCAAGUUUGGAUGCUUGUCAGUGCGAACCUUCUGGUGGAGGUUGGCUGAAAUCUACCAGGGGAGGAAACACUCCAACCCGCCCGUGUCUUUGCAUGGGCAGCUCCUGUGGAGGGAGUUCUUCUACACGGCAGGAGCUGGGAUCCCCAACUUCAACAAGAUGGAAGGCAACCCCGUCUGCGUGCAGGUGGACUGGGAUAACAAUCCAGAGCACCUCAGAGCCUGGAGCGAGGGCCGGACAGGCUACCCCUUCAUCGACGCCAUCAUGACCCAGCUGCGCACUGAAGGCUGGAUCCAUCACCUGGCCCGGCAUGCUGUGGCCUGCUUCCUGACUCGAGGAGACCUGUGGAUAUCCUGGGAGCAAGGGCAAAAGGUCUUUGAGGAGUUGCUGCUGGAUGCUGACUGGUCCCUGAACGCUGGCAACUGGCAGUGGUUGUCGGCGAGCGCCUUCUUCCACCAGUUCUUCCGCAUCUACUCGCCCGUCGCCUUCGGCAAGAAGACGGACAAGGGCGGAGAGUAUAUCAAGAAGUACCUCCCUUUCCUCCGGAAGUUCCCCGCUGAGUACAUCUAUGAGCCCUGGAAGGCGCCGCGAAGCGUGCAGGAGCAGGCAGGCUGCGUGAUUGGCCGAGAUUACCCCAAGCCCGUCGUGGUGCACGAGGUGGUGAGCAAGAGGAAUGUGGAGCGGAUGAAGGCAGCCUACGCCCGGCGAUCAGCCAGCGCCACGGCCCAGUUGGAGGGAGGGGGUGGCAAGAAAGGUGCCAAAAGGAAGACACCUGCGGGUCCCUCUGUGGCCGAACUGCUGACAAAGAAACCAAAGACUUAAGAGCAGCUGAAUUCCUCAAGCAUUGCCAGUAGAUCUUGACAAUGGGCCAGUCUCUUCUGUGCCACACGGGGAGAACCCCAGGCAGCACAAGAUCUCGUUUGGGCUUUAUGAAGAGAGGCUUUGGGCUCUGUUCUAAUCCCUUGACUGACAGCUAGGAGCCCUGGCCUUCUGAGACUAGGGAAAGCUAGGGUGGGGUUUUGGCACUACCUCUCCUAUUGGCUCAGGAAACCUUUUCAUGCUGCACCCUUUCAUUCAGCCCCUUGAGCCUGUUCGGCGAACUGUCCUUUGACGCUGGUGCUUUCUAUGCUGCUCCCAGGCCAGAAGCGGAGUUUCUCUUCUGGAAAGGCCAUUGCCAUGGAGUGGAUUAGUUUGUCUGCGUACCUUAGGGUGAAUUCACCCUAUAGCACUCGGGGAGGUAGAUGUUUCACCACCCCUGUUUUCCACACAAGUGGACUGAGAAACAGAGAUUACUGGGCAGAUUUCCAGUGGGAGCUGCUGGAUCCCUUAAAAAUCUGGCCCUAAUUGACUUGCUCAGCUCACUUAAGGAGGCAGAGCGGGGAACUGAACCCACAUCUUGCGCUACAUUAAUAACUUGCUGGUGCGCCGAAUGCCCCAGCCAGCCUGGCUGGGAAUCGGUACUGAACUCCCCAUUUAAGCUUUGCUGCCCCUUUUUGGCAGACUGCAGCUUGGGAGGCCAAAGUGAGGGAUGCUGGACAUGGAUGUGGCCUUUUGCCCAUCUUUGUACUGAGCAUGAAAUGCUGGUUACUCAUUGCCACCGUCCUUGGGACCUGUAUGCCCUGUUCUGUGGCUUGUCCAACCCAGGCAUAAUUUCACUAUCCCUUGGCUGUGGUCUCCUCGGGUAUUACAGAUAUCCCUGGAAGCACUAGGUGGAGUCUUACAAGACCAUGGGGGCAGAGCUGAUCUUGAUGUCCCAAAGUCAGGAAAGUAACUGAAAUACUUCUCUGAUGGAUUGUAUUUACUGAGGGGCAACACGUCCUAAAUUCUCAGUUACUGAGGGACAAUCUACACUCAUGGCUACAUUUGCUUCCCACAAGCUACUCUUAGUAGAACCUUUUAGGAAUGAGGUUUGAGCAUUGGCCUGCUAAACCCAGGGUUGUGAGUUCAAUCCUUGAGGGAGCUAUGUGGGGAUUGGUCCUGCUUUGAGCAGGGGGUUGGACUAGAUGAUCUCCUGAGGUCCCUGCCAACCCUAAUAAUCUAAGAUUCUAGGUACCCAAAUAUUGGAUGCUAAUAUCUAACCUGUAUUGUUAAAUUUAUUUACCUAAAUUGGGGCUAUUGCACAUUGUGGAGUAGGUAUAUUUUAUGACUUUUAAACCAAACUUUGUACUUGUGGCUAAUCUAAGCAUUACACCCAGCUGUACAGACACUCUUUCCUUAACCUGUGUAUUAGAUAACAUUAGCUUUAAUCAAAUUUAAAUUUUGCUCUUUCAUUUACAUUGUCUGGAGGUUUUGCUUCUGUGGUGGGGGAGGCUCAGGAUGCCUGUGCUGUUGGUCCCUACUCCCUGUCUUUACUGAAUAUAUAUUUACUUCCGCUGAGCAUUACCAUUUUAGACAGAUAAGUGACUGGUCGUUAUAGCACCUGACCCAUGACUGAAGGCAACAGCUGUGUUACCUCUUCUGGUUUAUUUCCAUUGCCCCUGUUAAUGCAUUAAGUGGCUGACGGUGACAAGUUUUAGAUUAGAAGCUCUUUGGGGCAGGGAUUAUGUUUUACUGGGUGUAGGGUGCCCAGGGCUACAGCUGGGAGCUCCAGGUGCUAUGGUACCAUAGACACAAUCACUGGCUUUUAGUGAAAUAUUUAAGAUUCCUGGAAAUCAAGUAAGCUUAUUGCUGUGUAGCCACCACACUAAGGACAAAGGGGAGUACUUCAAAAUUCAUAACUACUCAAGCUGCUCAAAAGAUAAUGCUAAGGCAGCCACAUUGAGCUGGAGACAGCCACUUCCCCCCAGCUUGCCUACAGGGGCCUGGGGCCAGGAUUGGGAGAACAAAAAACUACCCGCACUAGAUGAUGGAACCAGAUGCUGGUGGUGGGACUAUUAAAGCAAAGAGACUCUCUGCCUGAGCCACAAGAGGAAGUGCUGGGUAGGAAAGAGGAAGUGAAUGAACCAGCUGAUAUCGGAGAAAUAGGGAGAGACGUCUCCAUGGUUCUGAACACAAGACAUGCGCUGCUGCAGCAGGAGGACCUCAACCCAAAGCAUGUGCUAGAGUGGUGAGGAAAGCGAGGCAGGAAAGGGUGUAGAGUUAUUUUUGUAUAGAUCUGUUUCUUGUACUAUUAAAAAAAAAAUUGCUCUUCCUUUAAGAACCCUCUGCAAAGCCUCGGUGUAGCACAUACCACACGCGUCUGAAGAGGGAA